CUUUGAUCUUUUUUUUCGUCGUUGCUGCUCGGCUUCGUUGCUUUGCAGGAGGUGUAUAGAUUGCACGCGUCGCUUCUUCGGCUCCUUCCUGGCUAUUCGACUUCGCUCCUUCUACGACUUUCCUUUCCCUCCUGUCCGAUCGGAAGUUGCCACAUUUCGAUCGGAAGCAAGAACAGGAGCUUGGUAGCUGUGAAGGUAACUUUCUACCUUUCGCGCGCUUCUUCGGCUAAAUCCCUUUAAAUCCACCGAACCGAGGGAUUUAGUAAAUCCUGGAUUUAAUCCGUAAAUCCCUAAAUUCGGGAUUUAUGAAAUCCGGGGAUUUAACGCACUCACAAAAACCGUUUGGCUGGAUUUCGCGUAAAUCCGACUUAAAUCCCAACAUAAAUCCGAUACCAAACAGCCCCUAAAGGAGAGAAAAAAGUGAUCAUAAUUUUUUGGGUCUGCAAAUGAAUUCACCAGAAUGAGAGGGUCAGGGGGCGUUGCCUUCAAUGGGAACCAGAGAGAACAUGUUCUCUGGAUUGUUAGAGUUAGUAAAAUCCUGGUUUCCUCGGCGCACUGAGCCUGCAUAUGUGUCCAGGAACUUUUGGAUGCCCGAUAAUAGUUGCAGGGUCUGCUAUGACUGUGAUGUACAAUUCACUGCAUUUGUUCGAAAGCACCAUUGCCGGCUAUGCGGCCGUGUUUUCUGUGGGAAGUGUACUUCUAAUUCGAUCCCUGUUCCAUCAGUUGACCCAAAUGAUAAACAGUUAGAUGGGGAUAGGGUUCGUGUUUGCAACUUUUGCUUUCAGCAGUGGCGGCAGGAAGUACCUCCAGCAGCUAAUGUAAUCUUGACAUCAAAUGCCCGCAUGGAUGAUUCAUCUUUAACAGAUAGUAUGGUUACUACAAGAUCCAGUUGCACUUUUAAGAGUAGUACCAUGACCGCUUGCUCCAUGUCUUAUUCUAAAGAAACAUACCAACGAGUUUCUUAUGGGUCCCCUUCUAGCUCUGUUCAAUCUGGGAUCAUGGAGCUUGAUACUAAUAAGCAAGACGCUCUAAUGCUGGGAAGGAAUAUGAGUUCUGCUGCUUACAUAGGCAAUACUUUUUCUAAUAACUUCGGUUACUGCAAGAACAGUGUCAAGUGCAGAAGCGAGGAUGAUGAUGAUGAUGCAUAUGGUCUAUGCUAUUCUGACUCUGCAGCACAUCGUUUCCAGCAUUCUGAUGACUACUAUGGCAGUGUUGAUUUUGAUGAAACUGAUCAGGACUAUGACACAAAUAAUGUGCUACUUGCUGAAGAAAAUAUACCAUCUGAAGAUGCGAGCUCUCCGGUGGCUGAUUGCACAAAUUUGCUAGAUUUUACUUAUUCUGAUGAAAUGGCAGAAGCAGGACCUGAGCAUAGGGAUGCGUACGGUGUUUCUUCAUCCAUUUAUGCAAUGGAAGGUGCUGAUGAACCUGUAGAUUUUGAGAACAAUGAACUGCUUUGGCUCCCUACUGAACCUGAAGUUGAGGAAGAUGAGAGUGAGGCGAUAUCUAAUGGUGAGGAUCAUGAUGCCACUGGAGAAUGGGGAUCCCUUCGCAUGUCAAAGAGCUUUGGCAGUGGAUCAACUGAUGAACACAGGGGAGCAAUGAAAAAUGUUGUUGGCGGACAUUUUAGAGCAUUAAUUGCCCAACUUCUACAGGUUGAAAAUCUUCCGAUUGGUGAUGAGGGUGAUAAGGAGAGCUGGUUGGAGAUUAUCACAUCGUUGUCAUGGGAAGCAGCAACACUUCUCAAGCCAGACACCAGCAACGGAGGAGGAAUGGACCCUUCUGGGUAUGUUAAAGUCAAGUGCAUUGCUUGCGGACAUCGCAGUCAGAGUGUAGUGGUAAGAGGAGUUGUUUGUAAGAAGAAUGUAGCACACCGCCAUAUGAAGUCAAAUAUUGAGAAACCAAAUAUUCUAAUUCUUGGAGGAGCUCUUGAAUACCAGCGAGUAAUGAAUUAUUUAUCAAGUUUUGACACUUUACUUCAGCAGGAAAUGGAUCACUUGAAGAUGGCAAUUGCAAGAAUUGAUUCUAACAACCCACAUUUACUUUUGGUAGAGAAGUCAGUGUCACGUUUCGCGCAAGAUUUUCUUCUUGCAAAGGAUAUUUCACUGGUUUUAAAUAUCAAAAGGCCACUUCUAGAGCGUAUAUCCCGUUGCACUGGUGCUCAAAUAGUCCCUUCUAUUGACCAUGUAUCGUCUCCAAGGCUGGGGCGUUGUGAUCUAUUUCAUGUAGAGAAGUUCUUUGAGGAACAUGGUAGUGCUGGUCAAGAGGGGAAGAAGGUGGUGAAGACUCUGAUGUUCUUUGAAGAAUGCCCAAGGCCUCUUGGCUGUACUAUUCUUCUCAAGGGUGCAAAUGGUGAUGAGCUGAAGCGGGUGAAACAUGUGGUUCAAUAUGGUAUUUUUGCAGCCUACCACCUUGCUUUAGAAACUUCUUACCUUGCCGAUGAAGGGGCCUCUCUACCGGAACUUUCUUUGAAGCCUCCAAUAACUGUAGCACUGCAAGAUAAGCCAUCUGGUGUCAACAGAUCCAUAUCCACCGUACCUGGUUUUGCUAGCGAUAUUUCUUUUGCAACCGUGCCUAGCGACGGUGUAAAUUCCAACAUUGUGCAGGAUACCUACUCCGAAACAACUAUGCCUGAAGAAGUGAAUUUGCACGCAUCACCACUUCAAUCUAGUAGCCUUAGCUCCCAGACGGUGGACGCGGCCUCUACCCUUUCUACUCAACCUGAAAAUAGUGAAAAGUUGGAUACGUGGAAUUUCAGCUAUGCCAUGCAUGCUGUGGAGCCACAGAGUAGAGUUUCUUUGACAAUGAAAGAUUGCAUUAGUACCUUUUCAAAUAAUGUCUCAGGGCAGUUUCCAAGGGAGAAGAAUAAAACUUGUUUUUUGGAAUCUUCCAUUGCUGAAACAAUCUCAAACGAUGUUCAAGAGCAUACCAUUUCUAAACCAGUUGCUCUGGAAGAUGAUUUAAAUCAAGAAGACGAAGUUGGCCUAUCUCAUGCCUUGAAUUUUUAUCAAGGUCAAGUACAGGAAAGCACACAGAUGUUGGAGGAUUUUUCACCAUGUCCUUCUGAUCAUCAAAGCAUUUUAGUUUCUCUAUCAAGCCGUUGUGUGUGGAAAGGCACUGUUUGUGAACGAUCUCAUCUCUUUCGCAUUAAAUACUACGGUAGUUUUGAUAAGCCUCUUGGAAGGUUUUUGAGGGACCAUCUAUUUGACCAGAGUUAUCAAUGCCCUUCUUGUGACAUGCCCUCAGAAGCUCACAUUUAUUGUUACACUCAUCAACAAGGUAGUUUGACAAUAUCAGUUAGAAAACUAACUGAGUUUCGUUUGAGCGGAGAACGGGAUGGAAAGAUAUGGAUGUGGCAUAGGUGUCUACGUUGUCCUCGGCUUAAUGGUUUCCCACCCGCAACCAGAAGAAUUGUAAUGUCAGAUGCUGCUUGGGGUUUAUCAUUCGGUAAAUUUUUGGAGCUUAGCUUUUCAAAUCAUGCCGCUGCUAGCAGGGUUGCUAGCUGUGGUCAUUCUCUUCAUAGGGACUGUCUUCGGUUUUAUGGGUUUGGAAAAAAGGUUGCCUGCUUUCGAUAUGCAUCAAUUAAUGUUCACUCCGUUUACCUGCCACCUCAUAAACUUCACUUCAACCACAGAUAUCAGGAUUGGGUACAAAAAGAAGCUAAUGAGGUUGAUGAGAGGAAAGAACUGUUGUUUGCUAAUGUAUUAAGCUCCCUUAGACGGAUUGCAGCUAAAAGACCAUGCUGUGAGGUUAAAACAGAAAACCCCAAAUUCAAUCAUUUUAUUCACAAACUUGAAGAAAUGCAGCUGCAGGAGAAGGAAGAAUUUGAGGAAUCUCUAAAUAAGGUGCUUAAAAAGGAGUUGAAUAAGGGAGAACCAUUCAUUGAUAUUCUUGAGAUAAACAAGCUGAAGAGGCAGUUGAUCUUCCAGUCAUAUAUUUGGGACCAGCGCUUGAUAUUUGCUACUGGGUUAGAACAUCAUCCCCAUGAGUUUCUUAGUGGAUUCUUGAUUAGUGAUAGUGAAAAAUCCCCAACUGACAAACUAGAAGAUCCAAAUUUAACUACUAAAGUGCAAGGUACCAACACUGCUGAUUUAGAUUUCAGAAUUGAUGAUAUUACCAAGGAUGGAAAACUUGCAGUUAGCCUUAUUGACAAACCAUCUGACCAGCCCAACAGUUGGAAUCUAUAUCAGCAGAAAUUCACUACUGAAGCUGACACUGUUGAAUGGAAACAAAAAAUGACUAGUCUUUCUACUUGUGCUAGUGAAGGCGCUCAAUUAGAUCCUUUGGCAUCUGGUCUUAGUGGGCAUAUAACCCUCUCAGACGGGCAGUUUCCAAUAUUGGCAAAUAUUUCUGAUACAUUUGAUGCCAAAUGGACAGGCGAAUAUGGACCUGCAUUUACAGAUUUAAGCACGCUGGACUCAUCUGCUUCAGUAGAUCCAGCAACUCUGGUAGCUCAUGAGACAGAAAAGAAAGGUGUAGCUGAUGUUACAGAGUCUUUGGCAUCUGCAUUAUGUUUCAAGUUGGGGGAUAGCACAGAAGAGUUCUCAAAUUGGGUUGAACUGCCUUUUCUCGAUCUCUAUCAUUCUUUCAACAUGGGCUUAGGCUUUACUCCAAGAUUUGUGACCCUGAAUGAGUACAAUCCUGUCCAUGUUUCUUUGUUCCAGGAGUUUGAGCAUCAAGGUGGGGGAAGGCUGCUUCUUCCAAUUGGAGAAAAUGAAACAGUCAUCCCAGUCUAUGAUGAUGAGCCCACAAGUCUCAUUUCUUAUGCGCUUGUCUCACCCAACUAUUGUUUUCAAAUGUCAGAUGAUCGGGAAAGAACCAGAGAUUUAGUGGACUCAUCAUUUCAAUCAACCUUGAGUGGUCCAGUCAACCUUCAGUUUUCUCAUUCAAUGGAUGAACUCUCCUCUGAAUCCUUUAGAAGCUUUGGUUCGACUGAAGAGAGCACAUUGUCAUUGACUGGAAGCAGAAGCUCUUUGGAUCCAGUUUUGUAUACAAAAACAAUGCAUGCUAGAAUCUCCUUUGAAGAUGAUGGUCCACUGGGGAAAGUCAAAUAUACAGUGAUUUGCUAUUAUGCUAAGCAUUUUGAUGCUUUGAGGAGAACCUGCUGUCCAUCUGAACUUGAUUUUAUAAGAUCUCUCAGUCGCUGCAAGAAAUGGGGUGCACCGGGUGGCAAAAGCAAUGCAUUCUUUGCUAAAUCACUAGAUGAUAGGUUUAUCAUCAAACAAGUCACGAAAACAGAAAUUGAAUCAUUUAUUAAGUUUGCUCCUGAAUACUUCAAGUAUCUCUCAGAAUCUAUAGACACUGGAAGUCCUACAUGCCUUGCAAAGAUUCUUGGUAUCUACCAGGUGGCAACUAAGCACUUGAGGGGCGGCAAAGAGAUGAAAAUGGAUGUAUUGGUUAUGGAAAAUCUUUUAUUUGGACGAACUGUAAAAUGGCUAUAUGACCUUAAGGGAUCUUUGAGAUCAAGAUAUAAUCCCGAUGCAAAUGGUAAUAACAAGGUACUUCUUGAUCAAAAUUUGAUUGAGGCCAUACCAACAUCUCCAAUUUUUGUGGGAAACAAGGCAAAGCGGUUGUUGGAGAGAGCUGUUUGGAAUGAUACAUCUUUGCUCGCUUCAAUAGAUGUGAUGGACUAUUCUUUGCUAGUUGGUGUGGAUGAAAUGAAACAUGAAUUAGUUAUAGGAAUUAUUGAUUUUAUGAGGCAAUAUACAUGGGAUAAGCAUCUUGAGACAUGGGUCAAAGCCGCAGGCAUUUUGGGUGGACCGAAGAACGUUUCUCCGACAGUGAUUUCACCUAAGCAAUACAAAAAGCGUUUCAGGAAAGCCAUGUCUGCAUACUUUUUGGUUGUCCCUAAUCAGUGGUCGCCUCUUUCUAUUAUACCUAGCAAAUUACAUUCAGAUCAGGAUCAAGAUAGCAGGCAGAAUGAUUGAAAUCAUGUUGGUGGUGUCAGGCCUGCGGCUUGCUUUCCGGUCGAUCAUGGUAAGUGAAAAUCUGCAGUAAAGGUUCAAAACUCAAAGAGGCUGCUAACUGAAGGAAAACUCCCCUACCAAUGCUCGAAACAAAAAGGUUUAGUGAUAUGUGUGCCAUCGGAGUAUUUUUAUUUUCCGUGGUGCCAUUCUUCUUUCUGAAGCUGCUGCCAUUGUCACCUCAAUCCCCUUCUUAAAGCAACUUUUUGUUCGAUCGUCAAAUCCUCCUGGUAAUGUUUUCUACUCUUCUUGAAGUCCUUUUUUCACGUUAAUUUGUCCUUUCAGAGAUUGCCAAAUCUUUCUGGUAAUGAUUUUUACCCUUUUGCGAGUCCUUUUUUUUCUCAUCUUAAGUUGCUUAACCAUAUUUAUUCAACUCAGAUACUUCUCAUUCUUGGUAUAGCUUAAUGCCAAAUUGAACAUUCAUGCAUAAUCUCUGCACCCUACCUCAAGUUUUUUUCAUAUUGCUUGUCACUUCUUAUCAUUGAAACUAAUUUUGAGAGUUUUCUCAUAUUUUUGGGCUUCAUUUUGAUUUGGAUUUUUUCCUUUUAUCCAAAAUUUUUUUUUUUUCUAAUGCUACUCAUCAUGAAACCCUGACUACCCUUUUUUCUUCUCCAAGUCUAAUCAAUUUCUGGAACUUAGGCUCAAGCCUAAUGAAUGAUGUCUGGUUCCCACAAUUAUAGUUCUUGUGUGACAAAUUUGCUGAUUCUUUACUAUGUAAAUUGUAGUAAUGUACAAAACUUGAGGUAGAAAUUUUUAUAGCUUUGGUAAUUGUUUAGUUUGUCAAAAUCAUUAUCUUCUUUCUUCAGUGAUAAUUUUCUUUCUUUUUGUCCUUUGUAACGGUUAGGUUUCGUUUGGGAUGACUUUCUUACAGCUUCUUAAAGCAGCUUUCUAAUACAAUAAUUUUAAUUUUUAUAUUAAAAAGCUGCUUUCAGAAAUAGUAAGAAAGAUGUCGCAAACAAAGCCUUAAUCAGUGGAAAUCAUAUUCUUUCAUUAAGCUAUAUUUUGUAAGAAAUGAUGGUUUUCUAGUAA